AUGGAACGUUCAAAGUCUGAUUCCUCUCGUCUGUCACUCACGAAUGCUGAUACAACAAAAGAAAUAGAAGAAAAUUUUUCGUCCAUGAUUACGCAAACAGUUGAGAAUGGCGUUAAUGGAUCUAGUAAUAUUUUUGAACACACAUUUGUUCCUCGUGAUUGGUAUGGAGGUUUUCUUCGUUCUGUUGUGCCACAAAAAGAAACUAUACGUACACAUUUACUAACAAGUUCAUCCAGUGCUUAUUUCAAUUAUGAUGAGACAAACCAAGAUGGUCGAUAUUCAUUCAAAGUUCUAGAUCGAAAAACAAAUCAAUUGAUAUUUGAGCAAAUGCCCUCGUAUCAUAAAUUGGGAAUGAAAUUGUUAUUUAGUGGAUCAGUGCAACGAGAAUUGCUUCAGAAGCGUAGUAUCAAAAAAUUUUUUGAACAUGAAACAAAACGAUUAGGCAAGGCUUUUGAUGAACCAAAAUCACGAAAACACAUUCAAGCAUUUGUCAAAAUGUAUCGAUUAGAUGUUGACGAAUUACUUGAACCUGAUUUAACAAAAUAUUCUUGUUUUAAUGAAUUUUUCUAUCGUAAAUUAAAACCUAACGUUCGUCCAAUUGAUAGUGUUAAUGAUCCUACAAUCGUUGUAUCUUCUGCCGACUGUCGUUUAAUUGUAUUUAAUACAAUCGAUGAUGCUACACGUAUAUGGAUAAAGGGACAAAGAUUUUCACUAAAACAUUUAUUUAAUAAUGAAGAAAUGGCAGAAACAUUCAAGGGUGGUUCUUUGGCUGUAUUUCGUUUAGCUCCAGUUGACUAUCAUCGAUUUCAUUCUCCAGUUACUGGUAUUUGGGGAAAAGAAGAAAAACUUUCUGGAACAUAUUAUACAGUGAAUCCAGUAGCAAUUAAAGAAAAUAUAGACGUACUUACAAAAAAUCAACGUGUUGUCGCUACGAUCGAGACGGACAAUGAAUUAUUUGGUAGUGUCGGAUUUGUAGCAGUUGGAGCACUUCUAGUUGGUUCUAUUAAUUUUACUGUUGAAAAAGAACAACUUAUUCGUAAAGGAGAUGAAGUUGGAUAUUUUGCAUAUGGCGGAUCGACAAUUGUGGUUGUGUUUAAAGAUUCUGUUAUUAAAUGGGAUGAUGAUUUACUACACAAUUCGAAUAAUUCAAUGGAAACGUUGGUUCGUAUAGGAGAAAGAAUAGGAAUAAAAACAACAAAUGAAGAAAAACAAUUAUUACAACAAAAACAACAACCACAAAAGGACGUAUCUCCACAUACUACCAUAAAAAGAUUAUUUGAAAUGUUUCCAACAGUUGCUCAAUAA